AAACAGAACAACCGAUCUGAGCAACAAAAAGAAAGAUGAAAACUUUCACUGUAUUUUUGUGCAUUGGAGCUUUUGUCGUAGCCGUCAACGGCCAAGAAUGUGCGAACGAAAAUGGACGGUGCGAUCGGAAUCGAAGAUGCUGUGACGGACUUAGAUGUAACAGAAAUAGGUGUGAAAGAGAAUGUACUUUAGAGGGAGAACAGUGCGAUGCCAAUCGCUCAUGCUGCGACGAUCUUCGUUGCAAUGGAGGAAGAUGUCAAAGGGAAUGUAGACGUGAGAACCAACAGUGCGGUCGAAACAUUCGAUGCUGCGAUGGAUUAAGAUGUGAUAGUGCAAGAUGUCAAAGGGACUGUAGUCUACUAAACCAACAGUGCAGUGCAGAUCGUCCAUGUUGUGAAGAUUUUCAAUGUAACAAUGGAAGAUGUCAAAGGAAUUGCAGAAACGAUGGACAACAGUGUAAUCGAAAUAAUCGAUGCUGUGUUGGACUUCGAUGUAAUAGAGAAAGAUGUGAACGUGACUGCCACCUAGAGGGAGAUCAGUGCAACGCGAACCGUCCAUGUUGUGAUGAUCUUCGAUGUACAGGAGGAAGAUGUGAAAGAGAAUGCAGACGUGAUAGGCAAUCGUGCGAUCGGAAUCGUCGAUGUUGUGAUGGUCUGAGAUGUAAUAGGCAAAUAUGUGAAGCCAACUGUAGCCUAGAAAAUGAACAGUGCAGUGCAGAUCGUCCUUGCUGCGAAGAUCUUAGAUGUAACGGAGGAAGAUGCCAAAGACAAAACUAAGAUUAAAAUUAAUUACAAUUUCAAAUCCCCUAAAAUAAUUGUCUAGAAAACUUGGACUUCAAUGAACCAAAACAAUUAAGAAUGUGCAAUUUCACUUUUUCGUGACUAUUCCAUUUAAUAAA